AUGACAAACACUGCCAAUUCGAUUGUUUUUUCUUCCUCCUCUGUAGAAACCAUGAAAAACAUAACUAUUUCGGAUCAUCCUGUUGUCAACGAAUUAAUUUCCAUUCUUCGUGACUUGUCCUUGAAGCCUUCCCAAGUGCGCAGUGUGGUGGAUGAGAUUUCUCGAUUCUUGGCCUACGAGUCUACAAAGUGUUUGGACGUUUCCUCCGUGUCCGUAAUCCCAGUCCUUCGUUCCGGCAUGUCAAUGAUGAGUGCUUUCUCCAAAGUAUUGCCAGAUGUUCCAAUCUACCAUAUCGGAAUUUUCCGAGAAAAAAGCUCUCUGCAGCCCAUUGAGUAUUACAACAAGCUUCCCAAACAUUCUACAGAAGUCGCCAUUGUGUUGGACCCCGUUAUGGCUACUGGUGGUACUGCUCAGGCGGUGAUUACUACUCUCCAAGAAUGGGGCUGCAAGCACAUUGUCUUUGUUAGUGUUUUGGCAAGUGCACAAGCUGUUGCUCGUUUCAACGACACUCCUAAUGUCGAGUUUGUCUUUGGUGCCAUCGACAAGAGCCUCGAUGACAAAGGUUACCUCGUCCCUGGCAUUGGCGACAUUGGCGAUCGGCUCUACGGCGCCACUGCUUAG